AUGGAUCGCAUGGAGAAGGAAGGCUUCAACGAGACCUACAGAUACAUGCCAGAUGGAAAUCGUCUUCCCUGCUGGAACUCUGUGGGACGUCUCGACAUCGGUUCCGAGAGCUUGAUCGAUCGAUCGAAGUCGAUGAAGGCCUACGUCAUGGACCUCUUUGAACGCUAUGGCUCUGGGGAGGGGAACAUUGAGGGAGUCGACAUGUACAACGCCUGCUAUGGUGGACAGGCUGCUGGUCUGUGUGCACAGAACUGGGUGGAAUCCGACAGAUGGGAUGGUCGCUAUGCCAUCGCCAUUGCCACGGACAUCUCGGACGCGCCCUUCGAGGUGAUCUUCUCGGUAGGUGCUGCCUGUACGGCGGCGUUGUACUAUCCAGUUUGGGGUGCUCAGGGGAUGUGCAGUGGUUGGUGUGUUGGAGCUGUUUGGAUCAUGUUUGGAGCGGAGACCUGGCAGCUUCCCAUGGCCUCCCCACGUCGUGCCCUGGCCUUGGCCCUGGCCGCCUUGGGCGCCGCCUUCGCGGCGCCGGCGUGGUGGCGCAGAAGCCAAGUGCUGAGGGAGGUGAAAUCGAAGUCGGAACUGGAGCUCAUGGCUCAGCUGGCGGUGCUACUGAUGCCGGAGAAACCCAUCGAGGAGCUCUUUCGCAGUUUUCCCGCGCCCAGGAGCUGGAGUCGUGAGGAACUCUUGCCCGACUUGGCCAGCUACGGCGCCCUGCAGGACAAAGAUGCUGCGCUCUUCAUCGAAUACGAUGGACACCCUGCGCACGAGCGCGGCUAUGGCGACCGCACGGAUCGCCGCAAGAACCGAGCACUGCUGGAUGUCGCGCCUGAAGGAAGCGUGGUUGUCCGGAUUGGUCACGCCCGGCGCAAAGAUAUGGGGCCGCAGGUGCUGUACGUUCAAGUGCCGACCUGGCAACGUGAUGAGGACAAGUCCCUGACACAGAUCCUCUCCAAGAUCUGCAACGCUCUGCUGACGCUGCGCGAGCAGCUGGCACCCGACACGUCCCUGCGAUUGAUGCGACACCUCAUGGAGAACAGUCUCAACGUCACCGCCGCCGCCUACGCCGAGCGCCGCCGCUUCGAACACCUCGCGGAGCUUCCGCCGCCGCACGCCGACACCGAGGACGACGGCGAGGACGACGCGGCGGCGCGGAGGCAGAGGGCGCUGGAGAAGCUGUACAAAUCCUGGGGAGCCUAG